GGGGACUCGGCAGUGCCCUCCGGAGUGGCGGCCGGUGUCCCUGCGGCGCCGGGCUGCCGAGCCGAGGAGCCGCGGCGGUCGUGGCUGUUGCAUGUGUGGCUGCUGGAUGCGGAGGCGGCGGCGGCGGUGGCGGCGGCGGCGGCAGCAGCGGCAGGAUGUUAGGGCAGCAGCAGCAGCAGCAACUCUACUCGUCGGCCGCGCUCCUGACCGGCGAGCGGAGCCGGCUCCUCACCUGCUACGUGCAGGACUACCUCGAGUGUGUGGAGUCGCUGCCCCACGACAUGCAGAGAAACGUGUCCGUGCUGCGGGAGCUGGACAACAAAUAUCAAGAAACAUUAAAGGAAAUUGAUGAUGUCUAUGAAAAAUACAAGAAAGAAGAUGAUUCAAACCAGAAAAAACGCCUCCAGCAGCAUCUCCAGAGGGCAUUAAUCAAUAGUCAAGAACUGGGAGAUGAAAAAAUUCAAAUUGUCACACAGAUGCUCGAAUUGGUGGAAAACCGGGCAAGGCAAAUGGAGCUACACUCCCAGUGUUUUCAAGAUCCUGCCGAAAGUGAGCGAGCUUCGGAUAAAGCAAAGAUGGAUUCCAGCCAACCAGAACGAUCUUCGAGAAGGCCCCGCCGGCAGCGGACCAGUGAAAGCCGCGACCUGUGUCACAUGACGAACGGGAUUGAGGACUGUGACGAUCAGCCCCCCAAAGAAAAGAAAUCCAAGUCUGCCAAGAAAAAGAAACGCUCCAAGGCCAAGCAGGAAAGAGAAGCUUCCCCCGUCGAGUUUGCAAUAGAUCCCAACGAGCCUACAUACUGUUUAUGUAACCAAGUGUCUUACGGGGAAAUGAUUGGAUGUGACAAUGAACAGUGUCCAAUCGAAUGGUUUCACUUUUCGUGUGUUUCACUUACCUACAAACCAAAGGGGAAAUGGUAUUGCCCAAAGUGCAGGGGAGAUAAUGAGAAAACGAUGGACAAAAGUACUGAAAAGACAAAAAAGGAAAGAAGAUCUAGGUAGUUAAAGGCCAUCCACAUUUUAAAGGGUUGUCUUUUAUAUAAUUCUUUCAGAAUUUAAUUUCAGAAAAUGUUUUAGGGUAAAUGCAUAAGACUAUGCAAUAAUUUUUAAUCAUUAGUAUUAAUGGUGUAUUAAAAGUUGUACUUUGUCUGUGACCUUAAUUUUCUGCACUGAAUUACCAAAUAUUUUAAACCAGGUAGUCUUCAGAUCGCCUGAUGAAAGGAGCAGGGACUAGAAAAGGGUGGCUUGAACAUGAUAAAAACUUCACACACCAUACCUAUUUCAUCCUCACUGAAACUGCAAUGCUAAUUUGGGGGGAAACACCAAAGUUUUGCUAGCAUUUUAGUUCUGUGUGCUUACAAAAGUUUAGAUACAGUUGAGAGUUCUCUGUAAGCCUUCAGAUUAUCUUGGCUAAUUUAAAAUAUGAACACUAUACCAUUCAGAACUUCUUUCUCCCUAGCCCCAUUUACGCAUACACUUGUUGAUCUCUAGUCUUCCAAGAAUAAGGAACUAGAGGUAAGAAUUUGGGAUUCCAUGUGGAAUACUGUGCUCUUCUCAGAGUAUUUGCUGCUGUAUUUUCCAUAGUAGCGUUUUGAUACACUGUCAGUAGCCCAUUUAUAAAUACCUGCUGCUGCGUCACAGCUGCAUUCAGUCUAGUCCUUCAUAAGGGAGUUGUUUUGUUUUCAUUGAGGCAGGUAGGAGCAAUUAGAAUACCAAAAAUGCUGCCAUGGGCUUAUAUUGGCAAAAUUUGGGUUAUGCAGUAUCAUGGUUCAAGGCCCUUGAGCAAUUUUUAAAAAGCAUCUUUGUUAACAAUAUUUUUCAUGUUGACCCAUGGCUAGGAUGCCUGGUCACAGGCCUAUCAGUGGGAAAAAGGUAUAUACUAGUCUUUAAAUAUUGCCUUUCUGUCAAACAGUAGUUUAAGUGGUUUUGCUAGUGGCUGUAGUUCGUUUCUGUCCCAAUCAGAAAUUAUAUAUUAUUUUAAGUAAUAGUGUAUUUACUUUCUUAACUUUCUGGUAUUGGUGCUGUUUGGUGUCUUCAUGUUUAAUGAACUAAUUUCAUUAUAACAAUACAAUUAAUAAUGUAUUUGUAAAUUGAAUUUUCCAAGAUUCUAAUAUUUUAAGGGUAAGCAUCUUGAUGGAUACAUAUCCAUAUAUUUGGAGAAUUUUUGGUUUUUCAUGGGUGGGGCAGUGGAUUGACUAGUCCUUAAAUCUAUAUGUAACAUACUUUUUAUUCCUCAUUUCUUCCUAAUCUGAUGAUCUGGAUUCUUUUUGAUUAACAUGUGAAAAAUCCUGUUUGCUUGUUUGGAAAAAAGAAAAAAAAAGUUUUUUCUCUUCUA